AUGGCACCCGAUAAGCAGUGGAUGAAUCUUGUUAAUGAUCGGCUAAGUGAAACAUAUCAAUUUGGUAUUAAGGAAUUUUUAAGAUAUGCUACAAAAAAGGUGGGAGAUCGUGACAUUCGAUGUCCAUGUGUCAAGUGUAAUAACACUUACUCAAGAAGUCAUGAAAUGGUUGAAACCCAUCUAACAGUUUAUGGCAUAGUCCAAAAUUAUACAUUUUGGUAUCAUCAUGGAGAAAGGUUAGGUGAAUCUGACUCUGAAUCUGAAUAUGGAUCUGAAGGUGAAGAAGAUGAGGUAUUAGAAACUAGAGGAGAGGAAGAUAUUCAUGGGAUUAUGAGGGACUUUUUUCCUACUUUAGAUGCUUUCAACAAAAAUAGCGCAGAUUUUGGUGGCCCAAGCAAUAAUAUGCAAAAAGAGGAUCCUAAUGAUGAGGCAAAGAAAUUUUAUAGGCUAUUGACAGAUUUGGAGCAACCAUUAUAUGAAGGUUCUAAGAGUUCAAAAUUGUCUACUAUAAUCAAGCUAUUACAUAUCAAGAGCCUUGGUCGUUGGAGUAAUGAGUCAUUUACUAUGUUAUUACAAAUAUUACAAGAUGAAUUACUCCCUGAUGGUUCGACUUUGCCAAAUUCAUAUUAUGAGGCAAAGAAGAUUAUUCAAGAUCUUGGACUUUCGUAUAAGAAAAUAGAUGCAUGUGUCAAUAAUUGUAUGCUAUAUUGGAAGAAAUAUGAGAAGUCUGACUUUUGUAGUAUAUGUGGAGCUUCGAGAUGGAAAAAUGAUAAUUGUAGCGGAGAAAUCAAAGUUGGAAGGAAUGGUAAAAGAAAACCUGUAAAAAUAUUGCGAUAUUUCCCUUUAAAGCCGAGGCUUCAAAGGCUAUUUAUGUCCAGCAAGAUAGCGUCCUUUAUGAGAUGGCACCAUGACAAAAGAGUAGAUGAUGGAGUAAUGAGGCAUCCGGCUGAUUCUUUACAAUGGAAAUCUUUUGAUGAAAUGCAUGAAAAUUUUGCUUCAAAGCCUCGUAAUGUGAGACUUGGUCUUGCAAGUGACGGGUUCCAACCAUUUGCACAUUUCAAAACUUCAUAUAGUAUUUGGCCAGUAUUCCUUAUUCCAUACAAUUUGCCUCCUUGGAUGUGCAUGAAAGACUCUAAUUUCAUUUUGUCAAUGCUCAUUCCAGGUCCUGAGGGACCAGGGGAUGCUAUUGAUGUCUAUCUCCAACCUUUAAUAGAAGAAUUACAAGAGCUAUGGGAAGUAGGAGUUGAAACAUUUGAUGCAUCAAUUCACCAGAAUUUCAAGAUGCAUGCAGCUUUACUAUGGACCAUUAAUGAUUUUCCUGCAUAUGGAAACCUGUCAGGGUGGAGCACUAAGGGUAAAUUGGCUUGUCCUUGUUGUAAUAAGGAUACCUUUUCUAUGAGGUUAGAUAAUAGUAGAAAGCAAUGUUUCAUGCGCCAUCGUCGCUAUCUUCCAAUGAAUCACAAAUGGCGUAUUGACAAGAAAUCAUUUGAUGGCACGAAAGAGUAUGGAUUACCACCAAAACCUCUUAUUGGUGAGGAUAUUCUAAAUCAGGUGAAAGAUCUUGAAGGAGUCAUUUUAUCUAAAGAUGUUAGUAAAAAGACAAAAGUUUCACAUGAUAAUAGAGGGGAUAAUUGGAAUAAGAAAAGCAUUUUUUUCAAACUUCCAUACUGGAGUAGUCUUUUGUUGCGGCAUAAUUUGGAUGUGAUGCAUAUUGAGAAAAACAUAUUUGAUAAUGUGCUUGGAACAAUUAUGAACAUUAAAGGGAAGACCAAAGAUACUGUUAAAUCUCGUCUUGAUUUGGAAGCAAUGAAUAUCAGACCAGAGUUGCACCCAAUACAAAAAGGAGACAAGCUUGUGUUGCUAGCUGCAACUUACACAUUAACUCCAGAAGAAAAGCAUACAUUUUGUAUGUUUUUAAAGCAAUUAAAGGUGCCAGAUGGGUUUUCAUCUAAUAUUUCACAUUGUGUUAAUAUUAAAGAGCAUAAGAUUUCUGGCUUGAAGACUCAUGAUUGCCAUGUUCUCUUACAACACUUAUUUCCUCUUGCAUUACGUGGUCUUCUUCCCAAGUCAAUAUGUGAACCACUUUUUGAAUUGUCUUUGUUUUUCAAAAUUUUGGGUGCAAAGACUUUACGAGUGGAUGAGUUGGAGCAGAUUGAAUCUCAAAUUGCCAUGACUCUUUGUAAAUUGGAAAUGAACUUUCCCCCUUCAUUUUUUGAUGUGAUGGUCCAUUUGCCUAUUCAUUUAGCCCUUGAAGCCAAAAUUGCUGGACCUGUCCAAUAUCGAUGGAUGUACCCUAUUGAGGGAGAGUUGUAUGAGUUAAAACAACUCAUUCGUAACUUAGCUUGUCCUGAGGGCUCAAUUGCAGAGGGUUACAUUGCAAAAGAAUGUAUGACACUUUGCUCAAGAUACUUCACUAACAUUGAGACAAAGUUUAAUCGUCUUAAUCGAAUUCAUGAUGAUGGUUGUCAAGAAUACAAAAGUGAAUUAUUAAUAUUUUCACAACCUGGACGUGCAUUGGGAUCUGUUAUGACUCGGGAUCUUCACAUGGAUGAGUGGGAACAAGCGUAUCUUUUUGUUAUGAAGAAUUGUGAUGCAGUUCAGCCUUUUUUAGAGGAGUAUUUGCAAGUCCAAGCUAGAGCACCACUACAAAUGUCAAAUGAGGAAAGUGAUAGAAGGUUGCAACGUUACAUAAACAUGACAAUCGUUUCGUGUAGAAUGUCAUGA